AUGCGGAUUUGCAAGCAGAUCGACCCCUUGAUCGACAUCGUGAUCAUCGGGUUUGGCGUGCGGAGCCAGCUGUUCGUCGACAAGUUCCUGCGGAAAAAUGAGCUGAAGGGAGUGAACAUCAUAAUCAUCUGCAAAGACAACUUCGUGUUCCUAGAUCGCUACGUACAAUGUGAAGAGGCCUGCAGAGAGAGCUACACGGACGUGUACAAUUUUUGCAAACAAAGGAACAUUCUCUUUAUAAAUGAGAAGGUGCAGUACGUACACACAGAAAGUAGAAAUAUAUUUUUUGCCUCAGACAGGAACCACUUGAAUUAUGAUUUCUUGUUAUGCGACUUUGAUUUGAAGAGCUCAGAUCUGUUUGGCACGGACAUGUCUCACAUGAACAUAUACGCCUUUCGAAAUAAAAAUUGUUUUUUUUAUUACAUGCAUGUGAUGUACCUCGCUUUGAUGCAGUCGACCAAUGUGGAGGAGGACAGGACGGAUGUGCGCCUGUAUCGUCAGUGUAGGAGGGCGCUUCUGCAGGGCAUCCCUCUGAAGAGGUUCCUUAACUUCCACUCGUACAACGAUGGGUACGUGGAGGAGAUCUUCAGCGCCUACGGGGAGGCGCAGCGGUUCGCGGCGGUAAGGAGGAGUGAAGUCAGCGCAGGGGGUGCAUCUAGUGGUAGCGCACCAACGGGUGGAAGCGCCAUCAGCGGAGGGAACCCAGUCAGUGGGAGCCUCCUCCCGGAUUCCCCUCCACAAGACACCCGCGCGGAGGAAGAUUCCCCCCCCCGCAUCCUCCUAAUCAGUGACAACAACCAGUUUGGGAAGUGCCUACAUUUGGAGAUGCACAAGCAGCUACGCAGAAUAAACGCGCAGGUUAAUUUGCUCUACGUGUAUGUGGCAUCUUCGAAGAGCGAAAAGGUAGACCCCCCCCCUUGUGGGGAGUACCUCCUGGUUAGGGAAAUAAGGGGAGUAAAACAAGAAGGAGAAAUUAAAGAAAUAAAAUUUUUGAACACCCAUGAUGAGGAAAUUAUAAUGAAAUAUGACGACUGCAUAAACAUCACAGGGAUGAGGUACCCUUCUUAUGUAUCCUCUUUUGGAGAGGACACCACGAAGAGCCUCUCGGUGAACCCCUUCUGUCAGUGCGCAAGGGACGAUUCUCUUUAUCUGCUUAACCAAGUGCAGAAUUACGACGAUUAUGUAGUCUGCGAGACGGUGUACCUUAACAUAUAUAACAAGGUGCAUGGGAAUGAGUACAUCAGCAUAGAACAUGUGAAGGCGUAUCUACUAACGGGGGAUGCAGAUGAGUUGGGAGUUUCCUAUUUGCUUCCCCCCACCCCCAACGUAUUUAAUCACACGGUAAAUUAUUCCUACCGAAUCGUUUCGUACAUUUUAAGAAGGGGCUACUCAUACGUAUUAAAGAAUCGCCUCCUACAAAAUGGGGUACUCUCCAUAAGGCACAGAAAAAGGGAAUUCGAAAGGUAUAUAAGUGGGUACCAGGUUAGCGGUAGCAGGGAGGUGUUUUCCUCUCCUUCGAUAAGGACCUUCUCUCUGUGUAUCUUCAAAAGGGCUGCUCAUUACGUGGACCUCCUCAGAGGAAGACCAGCUUCGCAAGAGGGGAGAAGCAUUCCCACCAGUAAAGAGAAAGAACCGCAUAAGGAUGAUGACCCAUCUGGUGUGAACUCCAGCGACAGUGGCAGCACCACAGCGAGCAGAAGUGGAAGCAACAGCAGGAAUGAGGAAGUACCCACCCGAAACAGAUGUGCACCAAGUGGAUGCCCCCAAAUGGAGAGAACAACUAGUUCCCCUCUUCCACAAUAUAUGUACAAUGCAUAUCAAAAGGAAUAUGAAAGGAGAUUACUUGUAAGUAAAAAAACGGUCUACCGAGUGACCCAAGAAGAGGGAGCCAAUGGAACAACCAUCACAAUCAUUGUGCAGGAUGAUAAUGCUCACAAGGGAACCACUUCUAACUGUGAGGCGAAGAGGGAAAAGGUAAAUUCGUACAUUAAAGAAAGCAUCGAAAAAAUAAUUAACCGAAAUACUUGCGGAGGAUGUGGAUCGAAAGUCCCCUCAAACGUAUUGUCCAAUUCGUUGAAAGGGCUACCUAUGUAUAGCUCUCCUAAUGUGUACCUAGGAAUUGAAGCAUGUGAUGACUGCUGCAUAUUUGUGCAUAGUAAAUCUAAAAAGGGAGAAGAAAGCCCUGCACUUGUUCAGACGAUUGACUUCUUCAAAUCAUUUAUUGAUGAUGAAUACAUAUUGGGGGAGAUAAUUGCCAUUCAUUGCCUAUCCGAUGUGUACAGCAUGGGGGGGACCGGCAUCUGUGCCUUGUGCGUACUGAUUGUGAAGGAUAAUAUUGAAAAGAAGCUGCAGCAGAGGUUGCAGAAUAUUUUAACUGGGUGCUGCCAGAAGUUGAAGGAGGAGAAGUGCGUCUUGAGUGGGGGCCACACCUGUGCGGGUAGUGAGAAUUACGUCGGCUUGGCAGUCACGGGGAAGGUGAAAAAGAGGCGUGUCGCCGGCGGGGCCACUCCCAAGGGGGAUCGCAAGGACAAGCCAGACAGGGAGAAGCGGCGAAAGGGAGAGGAGCCCCCCCAGGCCGUCGCAACAUUUAAGGCAGCCGCAACUUUCAAGGCAGCCGCAUCUCCCAGCAGUGGUGCACGUAACCAGCUACAGGGAAGCCCCCCCGCGGAUGACCUACCCCUUGUUAGCAAAGAACACAGGGACGCUUUCGAGCGACACCAAAUGAUGAAGGAAAACUACCUGUUCCUACCGAAGGGAAGCGGAAGCAUAAAAGCGGGGGAUAUAAUCAUCACGACGAAAAUGUUCGGCUUUGGCUUCAUCAUGGCUGCACAUAUAUGUAAAAAGGCAAAAGCCAGAUGGAUUUACAACUGCCUAGACGAAAUGCUCCUCUCAAAUAGGAAGAGUGGGCUAUACCUUUUGCAGAAUAAUAAUGCCAAGGCGUGCACCGAUGUAACUGGGUUUGGAGUCCUAGGCCACCUUAACGAAAUGAUCAAGUGCUCGAGGAGGGAAAUUUAUUUCGCUUCACAAAUGGGGAAGAAGCCCCUCUACAGCACAUCCCACAAGGAGGCACUGGACGGAAGGAACAACCGAGUGGAUGAUGCACAGGCUGACAAGGUGAUGGAACCCCCCAUGAAUCUCAUCGGAGCAAAGAUAAAUCUCAAGAACUUCAUAAUCGCAGAAGGGGUUGAGCAAUGCAUCGAAAAUAAUAUCUUCUCUUCCAUGUAUAAGAAAAACCACUACUUGUGCAAUAACAUUAUAAAUAUGGAAGAAGCCUCCCUGAGUGAGCGCUAUGGAAUUCUGUUUGACCCGCAGACCAGUGGGGGCCUCAUGGCCAUUGUGGAGAGGGACAGGGCGGAACGAAUCUUAGCGGACUUAAAAAACAUGGGGUACCCCAACUGUUCCGCGGUGGGGGAAAUUAUAAAUGUGCAGAAUGAGAAGUUCAGGGGGGUGCCCCUCAGUCAGGUCUCGCUGGACGAUUAUUUGGACACCUCCAACUCGGUGUACGUCGAAUGGUGA